AUGGUGCUUAUGGUGAGUGAAGACAGUGACUCGUCUGACGUACCAGUGGCGCUCAUCGACACCGGUUGCACGAGAUGCAUGCACGGCAAGCGCUGGCGGGAGUUGUUCGAGAAGAGGUGCUUGCACCCCCGUGGCCUGGAGAUCAAGAUGACGGACCGCUGGAGGAGCUUCUCAUCGGCCUUCGGCAAGAGGCAGGAGGGGCGCGUGGUCGAGAUUCCGGUCGCCCUCGGCGGCCGCCACGGGGUGAUCUUCAGCACGGAGAUGGAGGACUGCGACACCCCGCUCCUGGUCAGCCUGGCGUCGCAGGAGGCGCUGGGUGCCGUGCUCCACCUGAAGGAGAUGCGGAUGGAGCUGCAGACGCUCGCGGUGGACGUGCAGCUGUUCAAGGUGGGCGGUCACUUGGCAGUUCGGCUCGAUGAUUGGGGUGAUGAUGGUCACCGAUCGGCAGUGACUUCGAGUUCGGGGCCAGCGACGGCGGUCUCGGAGAACCGGGACUCGGAGUUCUUCUUCGCGCAGGCGCUGAAGGAGUCGGCCUUCGAGGAGUCCGACGGCGAGGAGAUCCAGGUCGAGGAGGAGACCGGCCACGCCUUCCUGUCGAAGGAUCGGGGCGUGCUGGCCACCGAUGCGACAGGGAUCCUGUCCAAGGCGACUCGGAAGAGGCUCAAGUCCACCUGGCGGGAGCUUCGCGGAGAGGAUCGACGCCUACGAGGAGAGCUGCUUCGACCGAGGUUCGAGGCGGAGCGUUUCGUGACAGCCGAUUUCCAGACGACGGUGGUGUUUGAGCCGUUCGGUGGCGAGCACAUCCUGACGCGCUACGGCGCGAAGGAGUACGGUUGGAUGCAGUCGCAGCCGCUGGAUGUGGACCACUCCCCCGACUACGACCUGCUCAAGGGCCCUGGACGGGCCUUGCUCUACCGAAUCCUCGACCUGCACUGGCCUUACAUCACAGUGUUGGCUUUUCCCUGUCAUCCGUGGUCUCUGAUGACCAACAUGAACAAGCUCAUCGACUGGGAUAGAGACACGGGCAAGCCGAUCAAGAAGCCGACGGGGUGGCUCACGAACAGCGCGGCGGUGGCGAACCACCUGAGCAAGCGCUGUACAUUUCCGCCCGGCGCCCACCAGCAGUUGCUCGGGAAGAACUCGGGUGGCUACCGGACGCAGCAGGCGGCGGCCUACCCCGUGGGACUCGCGAAGGCCUUCUGUCGCGGCGUGUUCCAGCAGAUGCAGAUCGACUACCGCAGCUCGCUGGUCAUGGAUGCGGCCUUCCUGGUGGAGGAUGCUUUCCCCCGCGAGCGCUCGCGAUCGCGGAGCCCGCCGCGGGGAGAGCCCGCGCCAGAGGAGGAACACCAGGAGGGCCCGCCUCUCGGAGAGGACGUGCCGCCUGCCGAGGCGGCGGCGGAGGCCCCAGAGGCACCGGCCGAGGUGCUCGCUGGGCCCAGGCGCGGCCGAGCGCCUGCUCGCCGCGAGCGCGGCGUGCCUCCUGGUGGACGCCCGCUGGGCUUCCGCCGGGGACGGCGUACGCAGCACGGCGAGUUCGAGCUGUUGACGGUGGAGCUGUGCGCUGAGCUGGACACGUUCCGGAGCUGGCACAGGAGGCUGCUGGAGAAGAUGGGCGAUGAUAUCGAGACGAUCAUUUGGGGCUCGGAACUAUUCCUGGAGGAGCUGGGAGGAGUCAUCAGCGAGCCGCUGAAGAUGGUGAAGGCGAGACGCGGAGGUCAGCGGCUCCAGACGGUGCAGCCGCAGCUGCACGCCGCGGACGCCCCGCUCAGGAUGGUCACCGUGCUCAAGGGCGACCAGCUCUUCAGGCAAGGCUUCGAGGACUGGUCGCAGCAGUCCCUGCAGGCACGGCGGCGCUGGUUGCCGCGGCACUUGCUCGAGAACGACGUGGUGGUCUUCUAUUUCGCGGGCUACGAGCGUGGCGACCUGCCCGAGGGGCCGGCUGCUGCACAGCAGCGGGACGCCUCGCGGGAGAGGAAGCGACGCUGGGAGCUGCUGCCGAGGGCAGUCAAGAGGGCGAUCGAGAGGGUGCACGUGAACCUCGGGCACCCCUCGCGGCCGGCGCUGCUCAGGGCACUGCGCCUGGGCAAGGCGAUGGCGCUGGCGCUGAAGGCGGCGAGGCUCUUCGUCUGCGAGAGCUGCCGGCGAGUGCAGCGACCCAGCAUCCCGCUCCCGAGCCAGCUCCCGAGGGUCGACGAGUUUAACGUGCUGCUCGCGAUGGACUGCUUCGAGAACGUCGACAGCGCCGGCAACAACUGGGAGUUCAUGGGCAUCAUGUGCAUGGGGACGAACUUCCACGUGGUCUGCCUGCUGGAGGAUACUCACAAGAAUCCCAAGGCCUCGGAGGUCAGGAAGUUCUACGAGCUCUGCUGGGUCUCCUGGGCUGGCCAGCCGGAGGAGGCGAUCAUGGUGGACCGUGCGCAGUCCUUCCUAGGCGAGUUCGCGGACUACCUGGAGCAGGAGGGCGUGCGCCUGGACUCGGCCGCUCUGGCUUCGCCGUGGCACAUCGGCAAGAUGGAGCGUCACGACGGCAUCUGGAUUUCGAUGCUCACGAGGGUGGUGCACGACACGCAGGUGGCGGGCCUUGAGGAGAUGAGGACGGCAGUGACGGAGUGCAACAGGGCCAAGAACACGUUGGCCUGGCGGGCCGGUUUCAGCCCCUACCUCUGGGUCCUCGGCCGGGACGUCCGCCUCCCGGCGAGCCUCGCGGACGACGCCGAGGUGGAGCGCGUGGGCGAGCAGGUGGCAGCGGCUACGCCAGGCUCGCGUUUCGCCCGCAAGGUUGAGAUCAGGGGGCCGUUCGUUGUGGGCCAGUGGGUGCUCUUCUACGACCAGGCGCAGCCGGUCAAGCAUCGGCCUGAGCAUCCAGACAACUGGCGGGGGCUGGCGCGUGUGAUCGGCCAUGAGGGCCGGCAUGGAGUGUGGCUCGCCUUCCGUGGCCUCACCGUGCUCGCGAGCCCGGAGCACCUGGCCGCCGCGACGGGCCACGAGAUCCACGCCUGGAGAUCGAUUGCGCAGGAGCAGGAGCUGGUGCACGACACGCCCGUCAGCGGUGGCAGCGGCUUCGUGGACCUGCGAGGUCGGCCCAAGCCCCCCGCAGCGGCGGGGCAGGAGCCCGCCGAGCAGGGCGACGAGAGUGGCAUGGACGUCGGGCCACAGGCGGAGGUGCCGGAGGAGCAGCAGCCCGCCCCGGCUCCGCCCGAGCCGGAGGCUCCCCGCGCGGCGCCAGCCGCGCCUGAGCCGCCUGCGGCGCCAGCCCCAGCAGUGGGGGCUGAGGACGUGCCAGUGCCGCCCGACCUGGACUUCGACGCGGCGGAGUUCGAUGCAGCGAUUCAGGAGAUCAUGAGGGACCAUGACGAGGGCUGGCACCCAGACACCCACGGGGUGCACUCGGAGCCCGAGCCGAGAGCCUCUCGGCACCGGCGCCCAGGGAGCCUUCUGGAGGAAGAGGAGGCGGAGGAGCGCCGGGAGCGAGAGGCUAAGCGUCGGCGCCUGCUGGAUGAGGUCCCUGUCUCAAUCCGACAGGGGACUGCAGGAUCCAGCCUCCAGGCGCCCAUGGACUCGGCGGCGUUCGUGCUGGACAAUGACCUGGAUGAGUUUUCGGAGGCAGGUUUGGAGACGUAUCAGCAGGACGAGGCCUUCUUCAUCCAGGAGGGCAUCGGCAGGGAGGAGUUCAUUUUCGGGCUGAUGCGGCACGAUUUCGAGCACGCUUUCCUGACGAAGAAGCCGGGGAGGAAGGAGAUCAAGCUCAGCAGCCUGCCGGACUUCGACGCAGCCGAGCCGGUCCCGCCAGACGAGAGCGAGGCGCUUCGCUCGAACAAGGCCAACAUCAUCAUCUUGAUGCGCUGGGUGGACACGGACAAGAACGACGGGAAGUACGAUGAGGCCGGAGCCCCUCUGCCGUUGCUCGCGAAGAGCCGCCUGGUCGUGGUGGGCUUUCGCGACCACUUGCUGGGCAUGUUCAGGCGGGACGCUCCCACUGCCUCGCGGCUGGCGGAGGCGCUGCUCCUGACGCUGGCGGCGGCCAUGGGCAUGAUCCUCUCCCUGGGCGACGUCAAGAACGCCUACUUCAACGGGCAGGACUUGCAGCGCGAAGUCUACCUGGAGCAGCCCCGAGGAGGCCUACCGGGCCUUGCCCCGGGCCAGCUGUUGAGGGCCCGCAAGGCCAUCUAUGGCUUCGCGGAUGCAGCGAGGCUCUUCUGGCUAGCGCUGCGUGAUGCCUUGCUGGUCGACGGUUGGCUUCAGUCACGCCUGGAGCCGGCUCUCUUCUACAAGCGCGUGGACGGGGAGCUUAAGGGCAUCGCAGUCUCGCACGUUGAUGACGUGCUGGUGGCGAGGAUGAAGGACAUGCAGCUGUCGGACCUCCUGCCGAAGGUCCUUGGCACGUUUCAGUGGAAGUGGAGCGAGCUGCCCUUCACCUUCCGCGGCCGGGAGCUCUCGAGUGAUCCGAGAGGUUUUGUGGUUAAGAUGGUGAACUACGCGACUUCCCUCAAGCCGAUCAAGAUCCCAGCAGCCCGGAGGAAGCAGUUGCAAGAGGACCUGAGCGAGGACGAGGCGAAGGAGUUGCUGCGGGUCUCCGGCGAGAUCGGCUGGCUAGCGGACCUGGUGAAGGCGAACCUGGCGGUGUCCGAGGCCAAGAAGGGCGCCGAGGUCGCGUUGGUCUACCCAGCCAACCUGAGGCUGUCCGACGCGGUGGUCGGCGCGGCUGUGGACGCGGGCCACGCGAACGGCCCGGAGCACGACGACAUCGAGCGCUACAAGAGCUGUGGCGGCCACGUGGUGCUCCUCACGACCGGCAGCAUCUUGGCCGGACAUCAAGCACCAGUGGCGGUGCUGGACUGGAAGAGUGGCAUGACGCAGCGAGUGUGCCGCUCGACCUUGGCGGCAGAGGCCAGUCACCUGGCAGACGCAGUGGAGGCCGUCGACUGGGCGGCGGUGCUUUUCAGGGAGGCGAUGAACGUCUCGGUGAACUUGCUCAAUUGGCAGGGGGAGGUGCUGCGGCUUCCCCGCUUUUGGGCGACGGAUGCGAAGUCCGUCUACGAUCACCUCACGAAGGAGGGCUCGACGAAGAGCAAGGACAAGAGGAUGGCGAUCGAGGGUGCCUUGCUCAGAGAAGGGUUGCGCUGCGAGAACACCCAUCUCAGGUGGAUCGAUGGCUCUCAGAAUAUCGCUGACGUGCUGACGAAGUUAGGGGUGGACAAGGUCUACCUGUACAAGGUACUGCGGGAGGCCAAGUGGAGCCUGGUGCAGGACCCGGCGGCGGCGGCGUUCAAGAUGAGGAAGAGUGUGCAGAGGGCUAGCCGCAAGACCGCCAUUGAUUCGAGGAAGACGGAGAAGAGGCAGAAGGACAAACUCGUGAGAGCUAGUGAGAUGCGGGACAUCGCAGAUUGA